AUGGGAAGAAGUAUAAAAGGGCUAAGGCGGGUGCAGUCAGAGCAGAGUGAGGGAGAAGUCCUGGACUGGACGGUUCGCUCUGAUCGGACGGGUGGUGGGAUAGAUAAGGGGGGUACUGAGGGUCUUGCCGCUUGUUUACCUAGAAAACAGCAGGAAGCUGCAGCGGCAAAAGUGUUGGUAGCAGUAAGAACAGGAAACAGCGAGCAGUACGCGACGACUGUAUCCGCAGCAAAGAAGCGCUGCAUGCAGCAGCAGCACUCGGCGGCGGCAUCCAACAGCGGCUUCUCAGCAGUGGUACCAGCAGUUGAACCCACAACAGUAACUGUCGUUGAUCGCCUCAAGCAUCAGCUUCUUCAGGCCUAUGACAAUGCCCUUAAAGGUAUGGGUCAAAUUAACAUGUGGGGCUCAACUAGAAAACAACGUGAUAGCCUGUCGUAUCACCUGAGAUUACCAACGGAAGGGAACAUUUUUUCCAACAUUAACAAGCAUAACAAGAAGCAACGGGAGAAGAGAAUGAAAGAUGACGCGCAAUUGCUUGCAGGGCGACACAGAACAGGCCACGGAUGUGAUCAUCAAAUUGGAGAAGUCCAAUUUGACGAAGGAAUUACUCGAGGUGAGGAUAUCAGUAACUUUCACCCAAAAUUGAAAAGUGAGGAGAAUGAGUUGGGAUACAUUUUAGAGAGUGGGCAGAUGGAGAGAGGGCCUCCCUGCACGCCACGCAGCGUCCGACGAUUGCCUGCACCGUUGAGGCAGUGA